AUGCCCAGGUGCCUGCCAGAUGCCUCUCAACACAACAACCGCCUCCUGGCCUGGGCCUACGAGCGAGCCACCACCUCCUGUGUCCCAGCAAUUGUCGGAGGAGACUUCAACGUGCUGCCCCAGGAUCUUCCUGCCUGGAGUGCCUUUGCACAGCAAGGCUGGAUGGAGUUGGGCGAAUUUGUCGCCACAGUUCAUAACAUAGAGCUGCCGUGCACCUGCAAAGGUGCCACCAGAUUUGACACCUUCCUGCUGCCACCAUGUCUGCUUCAAUUCUUCCACAAUGCCGAUGUUCUGGAGGACUGUCACCUUUUCGACAGUCAUGCGCCAAUGCGCCUGCAUCUGCGUGUGCCUGGUCCCAUGGUGCCAAGAUGGAUCUGGCCUGCGCCCAAAACCUUCACCGACUUGUUACGCCAGACCUCUGAUCUUGAAGAGCACUACGUGCGGCAAGCCCACAACGUGCGGCCGGUCUUUGGCCACCAGGUGCCGGAAAACCAGGAUGGGGACCAACUCCGCUUGUGGGCCGCUACGGUUGAGGAAGCUGUGCACACAGCCCUUCAACAGCAGAACAGGGCGGAUCCCACCAAACAGCCCGUCAAAGGCCUCCCCACUGCCUACCGUGGCCGCUGCCGACAGGUUGACCGCAAAGUGGCAUGCCCACCUCGCCUGCCCCGAGCAGGCCGUAACGGAGACCCGGAACCAUUCGAUGAGGACACGACUGUCCUUGGCCGACAAAGGCUCCGGCAGCUACGACGCUUGGUCACUUUCCGUCAGGGCUACUUGAAACACCAGGCAGGUACUUUCAAGGGGGCCUACUCACAUGAUGGCUGGCCCGUUUCUUUGCACAGAGAGUGGCAGGCCAUCACCAAGGCCCCGGGCUAUGGACGGACCUUUCCUUCCUGGGUGCUGCAAUGGCCUUGUUUUCUUACUUGGCCCACCGGCUUUCCCCCAUUGCCUUACCUAGAAGAUUUGAUCAGCUUUGUCAGAUUUGAUGUGGAGGCCCUUAAUCGCCAACAGGCAAAAAUGAAAAAUGCCAUGUUCCGCUUUAAGCUCGACGUGGACGAAAAAGAUUACGGCUGUUCCAAAACAUUUGCCAGAAUCCGCCCCCCGAGCAAGCCUCCCUUCCACUCUGUCCAGGUGCAAUCGUGUCAGGAAGUGCAGACCUGCUGCUUUCACAGCCACCAGUUGCGCAGUUUUCACGUGCCAGACGCGACCAAAUUUGAUCUUCUCUGUCAGGUCUUUUACUGCGCCGUCCCGGGCCAGGUUACAGCUAAACAAGGCAACGAGGUAACAGUGCUCUUUCCUCAAGACGAUGAUGUUGUCCUCCCACUCCGAGGCCAGCUUGUGAGGUCCAGAAAGGACUGCUCUUGGCAAGGUGUCGUGGGAGCUUUGAUGGAUUAUUGGCAUCCAAUCUGGAACCGCGACACCAGAGCCGAGGAGGCAGAUAUCUCUCAUUGGUCCCAGUUCUCCACAUUGCUUCAUCGCCUCCACAGCCCUUGCCCGCCCUUCGAGGUCAACAUGUUGGAUGCACAAGCGUGGCAGCAUGCUCUGGACACGGGUCCUCUGUACACAGGUGCUAAAGGCUUGUCCCUGGAUUUGCUUAAGGCCUUCAACUUCCUGCCCAGGUGCCCCAUUGCUCAGGCCAUGAUUUUCCUUGGCGUGCCGAUUGAUGGUAGCCUCAGCGCUGGCCUUCCUUCCACAACUGGCGCGCCGGAGGGCGACCCGGUUUCCGUGCUUGCCAUGCUGGGCAUCUGCUUUGUUUUCGUGUCAGCCCUGAGCGGUCUCGUGCAAGCCCGCACCUACAUGGACAAUUGGACCUGGUCCACAGACAUGCCAGACUGUCACGGCCCGGCUUUGUUGGUCCUACAGGACCUCACAGAAGGUUUGAGAUUAGAAGUGGAUUGGGGGAAAACCUACGUCUGGGGCACCCAACCUGUCUCCAGAACUUGGUGGCGUGACAUUGGCCCCACCUUCCUCCCUGACGGGCUCCGCUUACCAGUGGUGUCACAUGUGCGGGAGCUGGGCUCCUUUUUGCAGUUUAGCCGGAAGCCCGUUCGCACCGGAUUCACUGACCGCACAGAAGAUGCCAUUGCCCGACUCGGCAAGCUGGCCAAGGAUCCGCAAAGCCUCAAACUUAAAGCCAGGGUCCUCCAGGGCGGCAUCUGGCCUUUCCUCUUCUUUGGGACGGAGGGGCUUAGCCCUUGCCUCACCUCCAUGCAGAAGCUCAGAGGCCACGCUGCCCGAGCGCUUGUGGGUAAUCAUCAUACUGUGUCCCCUCACGCUGCCCUGUACUUGUCCCCAGGAGCCACUGAUCCUGAAGUCUACCUCUUGGGCCAUCACCUACGGCAACUCCGCAGGAUGGCGGACCUGUUCCCGUCCCUUGCAAGACAAGUGUGGCAUCGUUUGAUCACGGUGAACCCCUCCCAGCGCUCCGUCUGCGGCCCUGCUGGCGCCCUGCAGAUCUUGCUGCACCGCAACAAUUGGGUACCGAAAGCGGACGGUUGGUGUAAGGGCCCCCUGCAUUGCGCCUUUCAUGUCUUUCGCACGCCUCCACAGCAGAUCCAAAAGGCCGUCCAACAGGCGUGGGCAGAUGAAGUCCAGAACCAGGUUCUGCAUAGAGCCGGUUUACAGAGAGCACCAGCCCCGGACGCCAUCACCACACACAAAGCCCUUAGGACCUUUAAGCCCUGGGAGCAGAGGAUCCUGCUUCGACAUGUCGCCGGUGGCUUUAUGUCAGGAGCUGAGAAAGCUUCAUGGUCACGGGAGGACCACGAGCAUUGCCCAUUGUGUGGUCAGCAGGAUACAAAGGCACAUCGGGUCUUCGAGUGUCAGCCACUGGAUGCGGCUCGCCAGGAGCAUCAGACCGUGCUCCAGCAGGUACAAGGCUCUUGCCCCUAUUGGACACAUAUGACAUUUGCUCCGCUACCAAGUGAGGCUCCCCUCUUGAAGCUCAUACUGCAAGGGUUGAAGCUGCCGCCCCUGGCGUCGCCAGCAGCGGCAGCAUCGCAGCUUUGUCUCUUUACGGACGGUAGUGCUCAGUACAACAACACUGCCCAGGCCAGAGUCGCCACAUGGGCAGUGAUUCGGGCAGAUCCUGAGUGGAAACAGGAGAUUGCAAAUGGUGUGCCAGGUGCUCAGACAGCUGGCUUUCAGAUCCUUGCACAGGGUUGUGUUCCUGGUGAACAGUCGGUGCCUCGCGCAGAACUUUCAGCGAUAAUCUGGGCUGCAGCAUGGGCAAGCCAGACCCCGUGUACCGUGGAUAUUUAUGCAGAUUGCCAGCCUGCCAUAGAUGCAUGGGAAGAGUGGCAUCGCGAGGGUUUCCCAGCUGUGCGACAUAGAGCUUUCGCUGAUCUGUUUCAUGAGGUGAGCCCCGCCCGACCAUGUACUCUGCACAAAGUCAAGGCGCAUCGCACAGCUCAGGAAGUGCAGCAGAUGUCUACUGAGGACCGUUGGGCCACCUAUGGUAACGAGGCGGCAGAUUCGGCAGCAAAGGCCGCUUUUGCCUCCUUGCCCGACUACAUCAAGGAUACUGCGCAACAGGUUGCCUCCCACUGUGAUCAUCACCAGGGCCUGCUCCACUCUUUCUGCCGAGCUUUGGUCGACAUUGGUGUGUUGGAUAUCAAGUUGAGAGGCGAGGCCAAAAAAGUACAGUUACCUACACCGACGGAUGCCUCAGACCAGCUGCAGCAUCUUCUGGAACGUUACGGCAGGUGGCAGGUGCCAUCUGGCACUUGCCAGCUACCGGAUGUGUUGGAAUUAGACUGGGCCGGAUGGAGCUUUGGCCAACAAUUUGGAGAGAACUUGCUCGACUGGAUGCGCGUGCUUGUUUGGCCCACUUUACCAGUGCCAGUGAGCCAUGACGGCCAAGUGUCUUUCCUGGAGUUAUUGUUUCAUUUUGUUUGGACCACGCGCGCCCCGCCUCUGGUACAACACAGAAGACAGAACGACCUGGUGUACAUACCGCUGCCUCAGGCCCUGGAUGCCUUGCUACCGUGCGGGAUUCCGCAGUUGGUGACCAUCUUCAAAGCUGCUCUCAAGCAACUGGGCCAGCGCUACAAUUUUCGGCCUUGGCCGGGGUUGGAAGUCAAGGCGGUCCCGCAUCUUCGCUGGCUGGGAGUUACAUUUGCUUCACCAGGUCUCUCCGUGCGGCCAACAAUGCCAGGGAACUGGCUAUCAGACUUUCAGUGGAUGUGUCAAGGCGACAUGGCACAUAGGAUCGGCUCUUUUUGCGACGCCUAA